AUGGAUCCCAACUCUCUCACCUCCCACCCGUCCACCGCCCUACAGGCCCAGACGUUCGUGGCUCCAGGCUCUCUGUCGUACCCCAAUGGCGCGAACCUAGAUCUGGCUGCCCCGGCCGCUGAGCAACCCACUCAGCACGUCGCCGACAACGCGAACGGUGUUGCGACCCCUGCGGCUACUCCCGAUACUCAGAACGGUCAAGUCCCCUCUGGUAUCGUGCCUACUCUCCAGAACAUUGUCGCCACCGUCAACCUCUCCGCUCGCCUUGACCUCAAGACUAUCGCUCUCCACGCCCGCAACGCUGAGUACAACCCCAAGCGUUUCGCUGCCGUUAUCAUGCGUAUCCGCGAGCCCAAGACGACUGCCCUGGUCUUUGCGAGUGGGAAGAUGGUUGUGACUGGUGCCAAGUCUGAGGACGAUAGCCGUCUCGCUUCCCGCAAAUAUGCGCGGAUCAUUCAGAAGCUGGGGUUCAGUGCCAAGUUCACCGACUUCAAGAUCCAGAACAUUGUCGGCUCUUGCGACAUUCGUUUCCCUAUCCGUCUCGAGGGCUUGGCUUCGCGUCAUCACACUUUCUCUUCCUACGAGCCUGAGCUGUUCCCCGGUCUCAUCUACCGCAUGAUGAAGCCUAGGAUCGUUCUGCUCAUCUUCGUCUCUGGAAAGAUCGUCCUUACCGGUGCCAAAGUCCGUGAGGAGAUCUACCAGGCCUUUGAACUCAUCUACCCGGUCUUGUCGGACUUCCGCAAGUCCUGA